AUGAGGCUACCCACAACGGCAAGCUCCUUAUCAAAACCAAGGGGGUAUCAACAGAGGCAAAAUGCACAACCAUAUGUCCAAGGGUGGAGACCGGAGAAUUUCAACAGACAAAAUUCUUAUCAACAACCACCUCCUCAAGAGAAGCCUUCAAAGUUAGAAGAAACAUUGAAUCAAUUUAUGCAAGCUUCAAUGGCAAACCAAAAGACUUUGGAGCAAAUUCCGAAGUACGCAAAGUUCAUGAAAGAUAUUCUCACAAAGAAGAAAAGGUACACCGAGCCUGAAACUGUAAUUCUUGAUGCGAAGUGUAGUGCAAUCAUUCAAUGUAUCUUACCGAGAAAAGAGAGCGAUCCAAGAGGAGUCACUUUGCCGGCUACCAUUGGUGAUAUUCAUGUUGGAAAAGGUUUAGUUGAUUUGGGGUCUAGUAUCAAAUAUAUUACGUUCUCCAUAGUGAAGAGGUUAAGCAUUUUUGACUUAAAAGCAACGAGAAUGACAUUACAACUUGCCGAUAAGUCCACAACUCGCCCUUAUGGAGUUGCAGAAGAUUUACUUGUGAAAGUUGAUAAGUUCUUGUUUCCCGUUGAUUUUGUUGUGAUCGACAGGAAGGAAGAUAUUGAGACACCUUGA